AUGAACCCUCCGCUCGAGAUCGGCAUCGUGGGCGAGAAGAAGCCCGUAACCGGAAGCUGUCGGCUUCCCGACGACUUGCACGAAGAGAUCCUGUCCUACCUCCCCGCGAAGACAUUCUUCAGACUCCAACCUGUCUGUAAGUCCUUCCACGAGCUCUCGGAAAAGUCUGAUUUCCUCCAUUCACAAUCAGAUCUCUGCAAAGCCGUCUCCGGAUUCUUCAUCAAGAGCUAUAGUUCCUUCGACUCCUUUCUCCACGUUGACCCCUGCGCCGGCGUGCCCAGAACCUUUGGCGAAUUCCUGAGCAAGAACAAUGGCUUCAUCCUUGGGUCAGCUGAUGGCCUUGUCUUCGUCAGGCACGACAACCGCCGUGCUACCACCCAUAGUUUAUUUGUCUACAACCCGGCACGUAGGACUCGGUGUCAUCUACCCGCACCAUCGGACAUGUGUCUGGAGGGUGGCAUCGCGGCAGUGACCUUCAUGAACGACGGAGAGAAGGUGAUGAAAGACUACAAGCUGGUCUACCUCUCACCAACCUCGGAGUGGAAAUCGUUUCGCCGCUGCCAGGUCUACGACUCGGUGGCAAAGAUGUGGACGAUGGACAAGCGUCUCGACUUUGGAGGGGCCGCAAUAGACUUGGAUCACCCGGUGGUCUACGACGAGACCAUAUUCUGGGUGUCGACUCCGGGACCGCUCAUGAUGAUUAAUCGGUACGUCGUCGCUUUCGACCUGAGGACCAAGUGCACGCAGAUCAUCCGUCCGCCGGAAAGAAUGAACAUCGAUCGCUCCGACACCAUUGGGAUCGGAAAGUGGGAGGGAAAGUCGGUUUGCCUGAUUCAUUACCGUAAGUCUUCUCGGGUGUUCGCUCUAGAGCUGCUGGAGAAGAGUGGCAACGGUGCGAUACGCUGGGUGACGACGCAUGAGGCAAGCUUGGACCGGAUGGGGUUCACGAUGCUGUGUGAGGUGGCGACGACUACACUACUUGUUUUCGCUACACUUGAAGAUGCAUACACCUACAGUAUAAAGGAUGGAGAAAUCAAGAAACUGGGACCGCUGGGAUUGUGGUUUACAUCGUUGAUCCCUUACUCUAAUACGCUUCGGCCAUGCGGUGAAGAAGAGGAACUUUUCGAAACAACCUGA